AUGAGGGCCUCCAUAUUGCUGGCCGGCCUGGCCGCGCUAUCUUCCUCGGCCGCUUCUCGACCAGGCAAGAAACGCCUCAUCAUCGACACCGACAUGCUCAACUUCGACGACGACCCCCUGGCUAUCGGCCUGGCGAACAUUUUCCAGGCAUGGGGUCAAGUGGAAUUUAUCGGCGUCAUGUCAAGCAUCAAUAGCCGAUUUGCCCCCCCGGCCAUCGACGCCAUCAACACCUUCUACGGGCACCCGGACAUCCCGAUAGCGUUGCGGAAGCCGGUCAACAACCUGACACAGUGGCCGCAGUAUCCCCAGUACGGCGACUAUCUCACGGGCCUGACUUAUAACUUCACCCAGGACAUCCAGGACGGGGUCUAUACCCCGGAUCCCGUCUCCUCGUACCGGUACCUGCUGUCGACGUCGGCGGACUCGUCGGUGACGAUCGCGGCGAUCGGGUUCUUCGGCAACCUGUACGGGGUGCUGCAGUCGGGGGGGGACGCGAUCUCGCCGCGGACGGGGGCGGAGCUGCUGGCGGCGAAGGUGGGGGAGCUGGUGGUGCAGGCGGACGAGCGGGGGCGGUCGUUCAACACGGGGUGGCGGGAGGGAGCGGAGGCGGCGGCGGUGCUGAACUGGUGGCCGGGGCGGGCGACGUUCGCGGGCGACGCGGUGGCCGGCGCGACGGUGCUCGGCCGGCGGCUGACCGCCGAGCCCGACCCGGCGCGCCACCCGCUGGCCUACGCCCUGCGCCGCAGCAUCGGCCCCGCCGCCGCCCACCCCGUCUGGGACGCCGUCGCGGUCUACUACGCCGUCUGCGGCGCCGGCGACGUCUUCGCCCCCCGCUACCCCCGCGGCGGCCGCGUCGCCCUCAACGCCUCCGCCUACGCCACCUGGGCCGAGCCCGCCCCCGCCGCGCCCCCCGGCCCCCACAACGCGCUCGACUUCCGCCUCCCCAACGACACCUUCGCCGCCCGGCUCGAGGACACCCUGCUCUGGGAGCCCGGCUCCCGCGUCCCGCGCGAGCGCACGUGGUGCAAGAACUGA